UAUCUGCCACAAAAAUUUAUCCAGCUAACGCUUCACCUACUGCAUGUAAUUAUUAUAUAGCUCUCAAUUCAUGGACGGAUAAAAUUUGUCGAAUGAAGAAAACCGUUGUGUUGUAUACCGCAUGUCUGCCGUUAGCGGAAAUUCAAGCAUUACGUGUCAGUGCAUAAAUUGGAUUAGCUCUAAGUAAAGCCGCCAGUGAAUGAUAGUUUAGCGAACCUGCUAGCUAGCUAAACGGACUGUUGGGAGUGAAGAUUAGAGAAGGCAAACUGGUAAGAUUAGCACUUAUGCGUUAACCAGCGUUAGAUGUCCGGCCAAUUCAACACACAAAUGGUAAUGUAGACAAUUCUGCGUGCGUCGCCCUUCACUAUUUUAGGAUUGUGCUAACGUUAGAGACAUUACAAGGUUAGCAUCUUUAAAACUAUCAGCUUGCGCAGAAAUCAUUAGCUUGACAUCAUGGAAAGUUAUAGUCAACGGUUUGAAUCCGGACGAGACAGUAAAUCUCAAAAGAAGAAGGGUUCUUCCCACCACACCGCAUCAUGUUACGAUGAAGGAGAUCGCAAACCAAAGUUUCAAUUACCCUUUAGAAACAUCACAGAUGAUGUGCUGGACAGAUUCGCCAGCAUUCGGAUUCCGGGUAGUAAGAAGGAGCGCCCUCCCUUAUCACACUCGAAACACAAUACCAAUGAUUGGUCUAUUUCUUCAUCAUCCACCUCACAUCAGUUUGAGGAACUGUCAUCAAAGAUCACCUCGGAAAAAGAAAUCUUGGCUCUGUUUGAAAAGAUGAUGGAGGACAUGAACUUGAAUGAGGAAAAAAAGACUCCUUUGAGAGAAAAGGACCUGAACACAAAGAGAGAAAUGGUCAUCCAGUAUAUCUUUACUGCAUCUAAAACUGGGGCCUUAAGAAGCAGCCAUCAGAUAUCUCCCCAGGAAUUUUUGGGAGAGCUGAAGUCGGGGGUGAUGGACGAACGCCUAUUUGCCUGUCUAGACUCAUUGCGUGUGUCCCUUACCAGCAACCCUGUCAGUUGGGUGCAGAGUUUCGGGCAUGAGGGUCUUGGACUGCUGCUGGACAUUUUGGAGAGGUUACUAUUCAAGAAGCAACAAGAGAAGAUUGACAAAAGGAACCAACAUAAAGUUGUCCAGUGUCUCAAAGCCUUCAUGAACAAUAAGUAUGGCUUGGAUCGAAUCCUGGGGGAAGAGAAAAGUCUUGCUUUACUGGCAAGAGCCAUUGAUCCCACCCAGUCUGCCAUGAUGACUGAUGUGGUAAAGCUGCUGUCAGCCAUCUGCAUUGUGGGCGAAGAGAACACUUUGGAGAAGGUCCUUGAAGCCAUCACCACAGCAGGCGAAUGGCGAGCCAUUGAGAGGUUCAGUUCCAUUGUGCAAGGACUACGUGAUCGCUCAGUUCAAUUACAAGUGGCAUGCAUGCAGCUCAUCAAUGCUCUGGUAACAUCUCCUGAUGAGCUGGACUUCAGGCUGCACAUCAGAAAUGAAUUUAUGCGCUGUGGCCUGAAAGAGAUAUUGCCGCAACUGACAGCCAUCAGGAAUGAGGCACUUGACAUUCAGUUAAAGGUAUUUGUGGAGCACAAAGAAGAGGACAUGAUAGAGUUCUCCCAUAGGCUGGAAGACAUCAAGAGCGAGUUGGAUGAUGCGGGGGAUGUAUUCAGUAUUGUGCACAGCAUGGUGAAGGACAGCAGUGCAGAGCCCUAUUUCCUCUCUAUACUGCAGCACCUGAUGCUCAUACGCAAUGACUACUUGGUCAGGCCCCAAUACUUUAAGAUCAUUGAGGACUGUGUCUCUCAGAUUGUGCUGCAUCGUAGUGGCACAGAUCCAGACUUCAGUUACCGCAAGCGCCUAGAUGUGGACUUCAGCCACCUCUUGGAGGUGUGUGUGGAUAAAGCUCGAAUUGAUGAGUAUGAACAAAGAGCUUCAGAACUGGCACAGAAGUUUGAUGAGGAGUUUGUAAGCAGACAGGAUGCACAAGUUCAGCAGGUUAAGUGUGAAGAAAAAAUAGCUGAACUCCAAGCAGAGCUGCAGGCCUUCAGGUCCCAGUUUGGAGCUGUACCUGCGAGUCUGUCCUCUGCCCAUGUUCGACAGACGCCACCCCCAGCUCCAGCUGGGUUGCCGGCUCCCCCUCCUCCACCUCCACCACCUCCCUUACCUGGCUGCCCUGCCCCGCCUCCUCCACCUGGAGUGCCUCCUCCAUUUGGUGCCCCUCCACCACCACCUCUAGGGUUUGGGGGUGCUCUAGGCUCCCCCACCCACCAUGUGCUGCCUUAUGGCCUCAGGCCUAAGAAAGAGUUCAAGCUUGAGACCGCCAUGAAGCGCCUCAACUGGUCCAAGAUUCGUCCCCAGGAAAUGUCAGAGAGCUGCUUCUGGGUGCUGGCUGAUGAGGACCGAUAUGCAAAACCAGACUUACUGAGCAGAGUCGCUCUCACUUUUGGUUCACAAAGAACAGCCAAAAAACAAGAGGAGGAUCUGGAGGAUAAGAAAUCCAUAAAGAAGAGAAUUAAAGAGCUCAAGGUGCUCGAUCCCAAGAUUGCACAGAAUCUAUCCAUCUUUCUGGGUUCCUUCCGUAUGCCUUAUCAGGAAAUCCGUCGCAUGAUAGUGGAGGUGGAUGAAGAGCAACUCACUGAACCUAUGAUCCAGAAUCUUGUAAAGCAUCUGCCGGAGCAGGAGCAGCUGAACGCCUUGGCCAAGUAUAAAAAUGAGUACGCAAAUUUGUCAGAGCCUGAGCAGUUUGGGGUUGUGAUGAGCAGUGUGAAUCGGCUGCGUCCUCGCCUCAGCCACAUCCUCUUCCGCCUGCAGUUUGAGGAGCAGGUAAACAACCUGCGUCCAGAUAUCCUGGCUGUAAACGCCGCCUGUGAUGAGGUCAGGAAGAGCUGCUCCUUUGGCCGCUUGCUGGAGCUGGUGCUGCUGCUGGGGAAUUACAUGAAUGCAGGCUCUCGAAACGCACAGUCUUAUGGCUUCGACCUCAGUUCCCUCUGCAAGCUAAAAGACACAAAAUCAGCAGACCAAAAGACCACAUUACUCCACUUCCUGGCACAAGUGUGUGAGGAGGAUUUUCCAGAUGUGAUCAAGUUUAUUGAAGAACUGGAGCAUGUGGACCGAGCUAGCAGAGUGUCUGCAGAGAAUCUGGAAAAGAGUCUCAGGCAGAUGGAGAGGCAGCUGCUGCAGCUGGAGAGAGACCUGGAGACUUUCUCCUCCCCCGAUGACCCCAACGACACCUUCUUCACUAAAAUGGCUAGCUUCAGCAAGGUUGCACGGGAGCAGUAUGGCAAGCUGGUGAUCAUGCACAGCAAUAUGGAGACACUAUACCAGAAUGUGCUGGAGUACUUUGCAAUCGAUCCCAAGAAGACCUCUGUGGAGGAGCUGUUCACUGAUCUCAGCAACUUCCGUUCCAUGUUCACUCAAGCACUGAAGGAGAACCUGCGGCGGAGGGAGUCAGAGGAGAAACAGAGGAGAGCACGGGCGGCAAAGGAGAAGGCUGAGCGUGAAAAGCAGGAGAGACAGCAGAAGAAGAGGAGGUUGCUGGAAGUCAAUGCAGAGAAUGAUGAGACAGGUGUGAUGGAUAGUUUGCUGGAAGCCCUACAGUCAGGAGCCGCAUUCAGAGACCGCAGGAAGAGAGCGCCAAGACCCAGAGAUAACCAGCAGCAGACGAUCAGCCCACGCUCCUUCCGCCAGGUUCUCAGGCCUGUUAACCAUGAAAACAACAAGGCGCCUUUGCAAAGGUCUCGCUCUCGGCAGAAUAUAAAUGUGGGUUCGGCGGCAGUGAAAGCUUCCCCUGCCAAGGAGGCCCAUAACGAGUCUGAGAGCCAUCCAUCUGCAGCCAGGGCGAAGGCUGCGGCGUGUUCGGACUCAGGCCGCAGGUACAGGAACGCCCCAGGUCACAGCUACGGGCUGGACAGAGAGAGGGUGGUGGAGAGAGAGGCGGUUAAAGUGACUGAGAAAGAGAUGGAGGUUGAAGCAGAGCCUCCAGCUUUACAGCCGUCCUCCACUGGUGCUGCAGUCAACAGCUGCAGCACCAAUGGAGAGUCAGAUGUGGAGGCCCUCCUGGCCAGACUCAGGGCCUUAUGAGGGUCAUCAUUUGUCUCUGAAACAACAUGAAUGUAUACACAUCUAAACAUGUUCUGAAUGUGACCAAAAAGAUUUAUAUUAAGAGAAAGUUAUAAAAGAUUUGUCAGGCGUAAAACACCACAAUCAAAUAACUAACUAACUAAAUAAGUAUUAACGUUAACUAGGGAAACAGGGACUUUUUUAAAGCUUCAUGAUAUAAAUUUAAAAAGAAAAUAUGAAUUCAUUUGAAGACCAUGUCUUAACAGUCAACAGUACUCAAAGAAAACCCUGGCAUGUAGAGCAGAGAAAACUGGUCACACAGAAUGUCCUUCAUGCAAUAGAGGCUGAUUUACAAAAGUUCUGAUUUAAUAAAAAUAUUAAAUGCUAAAAAUAAAACAGAUAAUAAAACAAAACAACAGCCAACUAGAUUCAGCAGAGUCUCAACCUGAUCCUGCAAAGUCACUGCCAAAAAUGUUUGGCUGUCAUUUAUAUAUUCCUAACAAUGGAAAGAACUUUCUCUCAAAGUAAAACAUGCAAUGUUGCACUUUCUUUGUAAUCUAGCAAUAUUAAUAUAAAAAUAAAAAUUAUAUCACAUUUUCUUUCAUCUUGGCAUUUCCUAUAAUAGCUUCUAGCAUUUAUUUGAAAGCUUUACCCAAUAUUUAACUGACAUUUACUUUAGUUUUUAAUUCCACAUUAGUUAUGUGCAUGUUAUUAGUCAUGUACAAUAAAACAGACUUUAAUCAUAUCUGUAUGUAUGGUAUGUUUGGUAUUUAAUUAUUUUCUAUAUUUUUCUUUUUUUUCCCCCCUUUGAAUCUUUUUCAUUCCUUGUGGGGUGAUGGGGUGUCUUUUAUAUUCAAAACAUUUAUCUAAUUGUUUGUAUUUUCCAUAAAAAUAUUAUCUGCAUGAUAUAAAUAUAAAUACAUAUAUAUAAACAGAGGAUCAACAUGUACGAGUCACAGGAUAUAACGGUAAUUAGAAGUCAUUUGACAAGUUGAUUUUGGUUGUAUUAGACUGAUUUGUCACUGUGUUAUACUGCUUGAGUGAACCUUUAUACACAGUGAGAACAAGUCUGCAGAGAGGAGUGUUAUUGUCCAAAAUGUAGCACAAAGGAAACAAGUUCAUCCAGCCACAGGUUACUACAGAACUGAUUCAGUUUUUUGGUCUUCUACAUUCCUACUGAAAUGACUCCUAUCUUAAGCGUAUUUGUUGUAUCUUUAUUCAUAUCACUCACUUUUACCGACACGUUUACAAUAAAAUAAAGCAAAAAGCC